GUUAAGGUUCCGCAAAGAUCUUAGGAUGUCGCAUCUUAAGGGAUUGGGGCGACUGCUGAUCGCCGUGACAUUCUUCACAGCCGGCUUCAUCAUCAACAUUGGCCAGCUUUUGCUGAUCAUUCUUGUAAGACCCUUUGACAAACGCCUUUCCCGGAGUCUUAUGUACUACCUGCACUACUCGUUCUACUGCAUUCUGGUCUGUGUGGCUGAGUGGUAUGCAGGCAGUAAAUUAAGGGUGUAUAUCGACCCCGAGGAUGAGAAGUACUUUGGCAAGGAGCAUGCAUUUAUGCUAAUGAACCACACGUACGAGAUUGACUGGUUGACCAUCUGGAUGAUUAGCGACAAACUGGGAGUUCUGGGAGGAACCAAAGCCUUUGCCAAGAAGAUGCUUCGCUAUAUUCCCGUGUUAGGAUGGGUUUGGUGGAUGGCCGAAUUCAUCUUUCUGGACCGCGAUUUCGAGAAGGACAAGGUGGUGAUCAAAACGCAGCUAAAGGAGGUCUUUUCCUACCCGGACCCAGUUUGGUUGCUCCUCAAUGCCGAGGGCACUCGAUUCACUAAGGCCAAGCACGAGUUGUCUGUGAAAUUUGCCCAGGAACGAGGUCUUCCCAUCAUGAAGCACCAUUUGGUUCCGCGCACCAAGGGAUUCACCACCAGUCUGCCAACCAUGCGAGGCGUCUGUCCUGCCAUCUACGACCUCAAUCUCGCUUUCAAGCGAAAUGCUGAGACAAGACCCACCACGUUGUCCCAGUUAAAUGGAGAGCCCGUUGAGCCGUACAUGUUAAUUCGUCGAGUGCCACUAGAAAAGGUGCCGGAAGGUGAGAAGGAAGCCGCCGCCUGGAUACAGGACUUUUUUGUACAGAAGGAUAAGAUCAUCGACAGCUUCCACGAAACCGGUAGCUUCUUCAAGGCUUCUGGAGAAAAGGAGGUUCCCGAGAAGAUCUUCAAGCCGCGUUUAGCCACAUUGCUUAACUUUUUGGGCUGGGCUAGUUUUUGUGUCCUGUGCAUUUUGCAUUAUUUGAUCAGCGCCGUGGUUGUGGGCAACUGGAUUGGUUUUAUCACGGUUUUAACCGUUCUGGGAGGAUUUUAUGGCCUCAUGGAAUACGCUGUUAACGCCUCGAAGAUUAGCAAGGGUUCUGCUUAUGGCGUUAAGAAAUAGAUUCUUAUCCCAGAGUUUUUGCAACUCGAUGACAUUUUUAAAUGAGAUGAAUUACAUGUAAUUAUUACCCGACUGGAAAACCCUGCAAAUAAUGUACAUUAUGUCAAAUGUACAAAGAUAACUGAAUAAAAGAAUUUUAAAUGGA